GGCAGAUUGGAAUGUAGGAAGUGCAGGGCAGAGAGCAGAGACUGUGAGGGGCAGGAUCUGGAAGGAAAUCUGGGCAGAUCAGCCUUUGCUUCCCAGCUGUUCUGCUCUCCGAAAACACCAGAAACCCAGCACUCUACAUUCGGUCUGGCUGCUGGACAUCCCAGUUAAGAAGACGCCAUAGACAGCUACCCCAGCGACCUUGUUCCCAGGGAAGAGGGGACAUCACAGGAGGGUCACUCACUUCAUCACUGGGGAGCAGUACCAUCAGCUGUUACCAGCCAUGGGUCAGUCCUCCUCUUCUGCACCCCCUCAGAAGGAGGAGCCUGAUUUGACCUCCAGCCUUGACACAAAUCUUCACAAUUUCAAGAUGGAAACCAAGAUCCUGUCUCAGGAAUUAACCACCUUGAUUGGAUCAUACCUAAAGGACGGGAACCUGAGGGGAACAGUUUCUGCAAUCAGCGAUGCUCUGAGUGACAUCGAGAAAAUCCCACUAAACAUUGCAGUGAUGGGGGAGAUUGGGGCUGGAAAAUCCAGUCUCAUCAAUGCUCUACAGGGAGUGGGGCCUGAUGAAGAGGGUGCGGCUGCUUCCACCGGAGUGAUAUGUACCACCACUGAGAGAAAACCAUACCCAUACUCCAAGGUUCCCAGUGUGACACUAUGGGACCUGCCGGGCAUCGGGUCCACUGCCUUCCAACCACAUGAUUAUCUGAAGAAAAUCAAGUUUGAGGAGUAUGACUUCUUCAUUAUUGUCUCUUCUGGACGCUUUAAACACAAUGACGCAGAACUAGCCAAAGCCAUCGUGCAAGUGAAUAGGCGUUUCUAUUUUGUUCAAACCCACACAGACAAUGAUCUAAUGGCUCAAAAGCAGCGUAGUCCUCAGAGAUUCAAUAGAGAGAACACCUUAAAGCAGAUUCGAAAUUCCAUCUCAAGUAUACUUAAGGAAGUGACCCAGCAGGAGCCUCCAGUCUUCUUAGUCUCUAACUUUGAUGUGUCUGACUUUGACUUCCCAGAGCUGGAGGCCACCCUUCUGAGGGAGCUCCCAGACCACAAGCGUCACAUAUUCAUGCUCGCUUUGUCAGUUGUUACGCAGUCCGCCAUAGACCAGAAGAGGGACACACUGAAACAGGAGGUCUGGAGGGAUUCCGUAAUGCCAAGGGCAUGGGUCACCAUACCAUUUAAGGGCUUGACCAAAAAUGACAUAGAGAAGUUAAAAGAGACUUUGAACUCCUGCAGAUCCUCCUUUGGCCUAGAUGAGGCAUCCCUAGAAAACAUCGCUGAGGAUUUGCACGUGGCCCUGGAGGAACUCAAGGAGAACAUUAAGUCUCCACAUUUGUUCUCUGAAGAGCAGGGUAAAUCCUUAACAGAUAAACUUUUGGAGUACAUUAGCCGUCCUUACUUUUCAAAGACUUUCCACUUGCAAAAUUUCUUCAUUGACACUGUGGCAAAUGAUAUUAAAAUUCUCCUUAGCAAAGAAGAACUUUUCACAGAGAGGCAUCUUUUCUUGGAAACAGCUGCAUGCAAGCCUUCCAGACCCUCCCCUUCAACGGCUCAGCUUUUGGCAUCCAGCUUUGAAAAUUUUUUUAAGAACUUCAAGAAGGAAAACAAAAUCCUCUCUGAGGAAACUAUCACCUUGAUUGAAUCCCACCUGGAGAAUAAGAACCUCCCGGGAGCGGUUUCUGCAAUCAGCAAUGCUCUGAGAAACAUCGACAGAGCCCCACUGAACAUUGCAGUGACGGGAGAAGCAGGGGUAGGCAAAUCCAGCUUUAUCAAUGCCCUGCGGGGAGUGAGGGAUGAAGAAGAAGGCGCAGCUCCCACUGGGGUGAAGGAGACAACCAUGGAGAGAACUCCAUACCCCCACCCAAAGCUUCCCAUGGUGACAAUAUGGGACCUGCCUGGCAUUGGGUCCACAUCCUUCCCUCCCCAAAACUACCUAACAGACAUGAAGUUUGCUGAGUAUGACUUCUUCAUUAUCAUCUCAGCUACACGCUUCAAAGACAUUGAUGCACGUCUGGCCAAAGCCAUCGCCAAGAUGAAUACAAAGUUCUACUUUGUCCGAACCAAGAUAGAUCAAGAUCUAAGUAAUGAACAGAAAAGUAAACCUAAGACUUUCAAUAGAGACAGCAUCUUAAAGAAAAUCCGAAGCAACUGUUCAAGGCAUCUCCAGGAGACUCUCUCCAGUGAGCCCCCAGUCUUCUUGGUCUCUAACUUUGAUGUGUCCGACUUUGACUUCCCAGAGCUGGAGACCACCCUACUGAGCGAGCUCCCAGCCCACAAGCGCCAUGUCUUCAUGCUGUCCUUGCACAGUGUUACUGAGACUGCCAUUGACCGGAAGAGGGAUUUCCUGAAACAGAAGAUCUGGCUGGAGGCCUUGAAGGCUGGAGCUUGGGCCACCAUUCCAUUUGGGGGCUUGGUCCUAGAUAAGAUUCAGAAGGUAGAGGAGACCUUGGACCUGUACAGGUCCUACUUUGGACUGGAUGAUGCCUCGCUGGAAAAUAUUGCCAAGGAUUUUAAUGUGUCUGUCAAUGAAAUCAAAGCACACCUUAAGUCUCUCCGUUUGCUAACAAGGACCAACGACAUGUCCUUAGAAGAAAAACUAUGGAAAUACAUUGAAUAUAUUUCCUCUGUUACUGGGGGGCCACUUGCCACAGGCCUUUACUUUAGAAAGACUUUCUAUUUGAAAAAUCUCUUCAUUGAUACCGUGUCAAGUGAUGCCAAGACUCUUCUUAAUAAGGAGUUUUUAUCAGAGAAGCUGACUGACCCCCCAGAAUACUGGGAAGCAGCGAUGGAGCUAUGAGGCACUUACC